AUGAUGCGGAAUCUUCCCAAUAUCUUCACGCAUCCCUUGAAGGUGUUGCGUCAAACGCCCUGGGCAUUAUCGUCCGCCCUUCCACCCCGAAUCGACCCAUCUUUGUCAAUUGAAGAGGAGAAUUCUCCCUACUACGAACCAGCCUAUUUUUAUCCAGCGCGAAUUGGUGAAGUCCUUAAUGACCGGUAUCAAAUUGCGACCAAGCUUGGCCACGGAAGCAGAUCGACUGUAUGGCUUGCAAGGGACCUUCACCAGUGGCGCUGGUCGAACGAGCGAUAUGUGGCUCUUAAAAUCAACUCCAAUAAUACCCAUGCACGGAAAGUUGCUGGUAGCAUUGAGCUGGAGGUUCUGCGACAUAUAACGAGAGCUAAACGUCAACAUGAGGGCUGGCAGUUCGUUCGAAAAUUACUCGACUCGUUUUCUGUCCAGGGAAUCUCAGGGAGUCAUGUAUGUCUCGUCUCUGAACCUUUACGUGAGUCACUAGCAAAAUAUUGCCAACGAUGGCAAGGUGGUGUGAUGCCACCGGAGAUUUUCAAAAUAAUCCUCCAAGAAAUACUUCAAGCGAUUGAUUAUCUUCACACUGAAUGUCAUAUAAUUCAUACCGACUUAAAGCCGGAUAAUAUCAUGAUACGACUAGAGGAUCGUGGGCUCUUAUCCCAGGAUGCUCUAGAUGAGUUUGAAAACCCACUCCCGCAGAAACAUUGCAAUGAUGGACGCAUCAUCUAUCUGUCUCGUAAGGGCUAUGGACGGCUGAAGGACAUCAUCGGACUGAUUGAAGUCAUCGACUUUGAUCUAGCAGUCCAAGGUGAUAUUCCCCAGGAUGGCUGUAUACAGGCAGAGGUAUAUCGUGCGCCAGAGGUCAUCCUUGACAAAGGGUACACGUAUAGUGCUGAUAUAUGGAGCCUGGGUGUUAUGCUAUGGGAUUUCCUAGAAGGACGAACCCUGUUUGAAGCAGUUGAUCCACGCAUCAUUGAAGACUAUGAUGGCGAAACGCAUCUUGCGUAUAUUACGUCGCUUUUGGGACCUGCCCCUAAAGACUUUGUUGGCCAGGGCAAGAGGACAUCGAUGUUCUAUACGGCUGCUGGAAUACUCAAAAGGGAAGAUCUUGUCCCUAGUAGCUUUAACUUUGAAAGCACACUUUCCAAGUUUGAUGGGGAAGAGAAGAGGAUGUUCAUCAACUUCGUCAAACGGAUGAUCAAAUGGAGACCAGAAGAGCGAAGUACGGCGAAGGAGCUACUGCAGGACCCAUGGCUUCACAACGAUUAUCCGCAAAUAUGA